CGUGCCCAUCGAUCGUCCUCGACAAGCCGCCACCAUGCAACCUCCGCCUAGAAAAUCUUCUAAAAGGAGUUCGUCAUCGUCUAAAAAGACGUCGGCAAGCAAUUAUACAAAGUUUCUGAAGAAUCUCCACACAGAACAAAUCGCCAAGCUCCAUGCUAAGAAUCAGCAUGAGUGUGAUCUGCUGGAAGACCUCCGCACCUACACCAUCAAGCGCUCGGCCAUCGAAAAAUCUUAUUCCGAGGCGCUACUGAAAAUCUCGUCUGCAUACCUGAACAAGAAGAUACCGACGAUUCCAGACAUCAAGGUGGAUGGAGCCGAGGAAAAAUGGAACAUGUGGAACGUGUGGCGCACCGUGCUAGAGGAGAAUGAGAAGUUGGCGCGGGCCAGGCUGGCCGCGGUCGAGGUGUUCCAGCAGCAGAUCGCUGAUGAGGCCAAGUUCCUGAGGCAGCACAAGCUCAACGUCGCCAAGAAGUGCACUGACAGCCUCUCCCAAGCUCACAAGGAGUUGCAACUGACUGUUAUGGAUAUUGAUAAGACUAAGAAGCUUUACUUCGAUGAGGAGCAUACGGCCCAUGACGUCAGAGACAAGGCUAAAGACAUCGAGGAAAAGUUAAAAAAGAAGAAAGGCUCGUUUUUUCAAUCCAUUACGUCACUGCAGAAGAAUAGUGCGAAAGUUUCAUCCCGACGGGAUCAACUCGAAGAAAAAUCAACUGGAGCGAGGAACGAUUAUCUAUUGAGCAUCGCCGCGGCCAAUGCACAUCAGAAUAGAUACUUCCUGACCGAACUGCAAACGUGCAUGCAAAGUAUGGAAGCGGCUGUGUAUGAAAAAGUGUCCGAGUUUCUCACACUCAUGGGCCGAACGGAGCUACUCACGUGCUCCGCGACACAGCACUCCUUCGGCAAAAUACGGGAUCAAGCCCAGCAACUGACUCGGGAGUACAACUUGCAAUGCUUAUAUCUCUACUACCCGGUACUCAAACAACACAUCCAGUACGAGUUUGAGCCGUGUGACAAUGAUCCCAUCGAUACUGUGACAAUGGAACACGAGUCUGUGACACAAACCCUCGCACAAGAGGCUCGCCGUUGGGCCACUAGGGUUGUUCGUGAAGCCGCUCUCGUUAGGGAAUCUACCAGAAAACUGCAAGCGUAUCAAGCCAUGCGGGAUGCAGGACAGAAGGUUGACUCAACCGACCCCAACGGCCCAGAUCUUGAAACGCGCAUGGAUGAACUUCGUUCUAGCAUUCGUCGAUCAGAAACUUCCAGAGCCAAAUACGAGGCCAGAUUAGAAUGUCUCCGGAACAGCGGAGCUCCAGUCGACGAGUGGCUCAAAGAAGUCGACCUACUGGCAGUCCAAGACACUCUGCCACGCAGCAGUAGCUUGCUCAGUGUAAGAACCGAUGCCUCCGGCGCAGCGGACCAGCCCAGUUCAGAUUCCUUCUACGACAGCGAUAAUACAGAAGGCGAAGCAGUUGCAACAAAUGUUGCCACCACAUCUGGACAUCAGCGCACCACGUCCGGCUCGCAACACGAGGACGAACAUGACGAGGAAGUUGAUGCUGAAUUGGAGGAAGAGCGUAUGCGCAUCGAGCAGCUGACAGUGGGUUGGGAUGACCCAACUGAAGUGAAUUGGGGAGAAGCGGAGUCGGAACCGGCCGCCCAAGUAGAGACUACAGAACCACCGGCUGCACCGUUAUACAAAUGCACCGCGUUAUAUUCUUACACUGCUCAAAACCCAGACGAGUUGUCCAUCAUUGAAAACGAGCAACUGGAAGUUGUUGGAGAAGGGGACGGAGAUGGUUGGCUGCGCGCUCGCAACUACCGCGGAGAAGAAGGCUACGUGCCUCACAACUACCUCGACGUUGAGAGGGAACAGACUUCAAAUUUACAGACGUCCAACCAGCCGGGACUGGUUUCACAGAUCUCAUUCUCGUCUGUGGAUUACACUGUUGAGGGGGAAGAUGCAGACGUUGUUCAGUCUCCAGAUCAGAUUUCUGUCAUAUCUGCGCCGGUCGCUAAGCAGGAGGAAUCCAAGCCGGAGCCAACAGAAAAGGCUCCAGAAUUGCCAACGCUUGGAUAUUGCUUCUCUCUGUACGAUUACGACGCUGAGGGCUCAGACGAGCUUAAUCUUGAAGAGGGACAGUUUAUUCGCAUUGUAUCUCGUGAUGCCCACGGAGUAGAUGACGGUUGGUGGCGCGGUGAAGCAAACGGAGUCAUUGGGAAUUUCCCAUCCUUGAUUGUCGAGGAGUGUGACGAGAAUGGUGAACCUUUGAGUGGCGGUGAGGACGGCGAUUGGACUCCACCAGACUCAGCCGCUCCGGUAUUCGCUUCCCCUCCCGGCUCUCCAACGGGAUUCAGCGACGAAAUGAUCGUCAAUGACAACAACAAUAAGACCGCCCCACCGAUGGACCCUCCCCCGCCUCCGCCUGACAUGGGGGAUUCUAUGGACAGUCAGCCAGACUUUAGCUUUAACCUAGAGCUUAGUAGGAACCAACACGAGCUAUACGAUGCGCAAUUCUCUGGCCAGGAGGAGCCACAGUUCACGACACCUGUCACUAUAGUCGUCGAUGAGGUUGUCGGUGAAAAUAUUGAAGAAGAGGAGGUGGAGGAAAUUCCGCCCGUGGCGAAGCCUGUGCCGCCAAAAGUUGAAAUAACUGAGGAGUGCGGGCUCGGGGUGGCGCAGAUCGUGAUCACCGCCGCCACACCCAUGAUGGAGGAGCCCGAGCAGCCCUUCCCGCCGCCGGAGCCCGAGCCGCAGCCCGAGGAGGCCGACAACGAGGACGAGGAGUCCUCGCUCUCGGAGCAGACCGCGGUGUGCCUCCGCGACUCCGAGGGCCACGCGGACUCCGCCCCCCACCCGGCGUCGAGCUCCACGGCGUCCGAGGGGGAGUCGACGGGGGCCUCCGUAGCCUCCGGACCCCCCACCGCCCCCCAGUCCCCGCCUUCGGCCCCCCAGGCCGGCCGUGCCUCCAUCCCCGACGAGCUGGAACCCGCUCAGCUCGCGAGGCUCACAGAUCUCAAGGAGUCGAACGCUUAGACGUAAAGCUUACUGUAUUAUUAUUAAAGUCGAUUUGUAACCCUCAAAACUCUAUAGUACCAUUCGUCGUGGUGGAAACAGAAUUUGAGCAAUACGAUCCAGUGUUGUCAGAGAAAUUCAUUUUUACUAAAACGAUGGGUAAUGUUUUCGUGUUUGUUUCUCUGAUCGUCUAAUUUAGGUGCCGUAUUGUUUGUUUCACUGGUUCAAUGGGCACUAACAAAAUUAAUGGUUUAACAAUAAAAAUCGAAACUCAAUAUCUGUUUCGACUGCGGCGAGUGGGCGGUAUAUGUAUAAACGUCUGUUGAAACGUUAGCGAAUCCCCUGAUAGAAUAUGUAUUCUAUCUACAUUUGUUACUAUUUUAUACUGAGGUAAUACUAAAAUCUAUAUCCUCAAAUAUAGACCGUUUCUCACGUACUCUUAAAUUAAGAAUAAAGUACUAAAACUUGUAGGAAAACCAAAAUUAUAAUAUUACAGUUUACGUAAGUACAAAUUAGCGGUCUUAUUUGGUAAUAAAAUGAUAAUAAUUUUAUCUACAUCGUUAAUCAAAAUUGUCUCUUUUGAACAUCUAACGACCACUGUACAUUUUGCUUCUGAUGUCGUUUGCACAAAGUGGGUGUUCUAAGUUCUAAUACUUUUGUUGCAAAAUAAUGAUGCUUUAAAUAUCUUAUAUACCUUUUAUGAUUCGGUGUAAGCUUUACUAAAAUAUAUACUUAUACAAAAUUAUCACACAAGUCUACGAAUGAUGAGAAUACCUACAAUUAUCAGUUUUUUUAUUAGAUCUCGAGGAUAUUGAUUUGUAAAAGUAUUUGCAACCCAAUAGUCGCAGAGAGGUAGAGAAUUAAUCCAUGAACUAUAUUUAGCUCAGAGAAGUUUAGGCUGUCUAUACAUUGCGGCGUCAGUAACUGCUGCUGUGUGAGAGGGCCUCAAGAGCGAGACCACAUUGCAUUGCUCUAUUGCGUUGUAUCGUCGCAGCGGCGACAUUUUACAUACUAUUUGAUGAUAACGCGGUGUUUACACAAUAAAGCGGUGCGUUGUUUUAUCGUUACGAUGGGUGAGAGUGGUGGGACUCAUGCCCCGUUUCUAAGUUGGCCAGGAGCUUGCCUUUCCAAUAGCGUUGAUUAGUUAACAAUAACGUUAGCCAAUCAAAAGUGCUAAGUGACUAAACUUCUGUCAAAAAAACUCAGAAACCGAGUAUUAAAAGAAAGAGUGGGAACAACGAACUUUUACCAUCUUUUAUCGCUUUUAUCAUCUAUUAUCGCGCGUCAACGCAACGCAGAUAUAACAUCCGUUGCAACGACUCUACUCUACGGAGUCAUGAGGUCUUGCCCUAGGGCCGAAGCCACCAAACUUUCGCGUCCUCUAGGUUUUUUCUAUAGGUUGUUCUGUUGUGAGCUAAUUUACCAAGUUUCACUUUGAUGGACAAUAGUUAAAAGACUUGAAACUUUUUAUAGAGUGAGAAGCGGUCACUCAAUGGUAGAAAUGAUGUAUAUACUUAGCUAAUAAAUAUUGUAACUAGAUAAUGCAAAGCACGUUCGAGGCCCUGAGUAGAGUUGUAUGAGAAAAUUUUACGUGUUAAUUGUCAAUUUUGUUUUCUUCUACCACAACCCCACCCUGUAUAAGUAGCCGGUACACCAUCUUUAUGCUAGACCGAAUCAGGCCCACACUUACUAGAUCUUAAGUGUUAUAACAACUACUAGAUACCUUAAAGUGGCAAAACAAUGUAUAUCACGUGAGAGGGCGUAAAACCGUUGCAAUUGUUGAGCAGGGCUCUAUUUCAAGAAUACGGCUCUACGUUUAAGAAUUUGAGCCGAGUCUCCUCUACAAAGUCCUAAGAAAAGUUUAAAUAAUUUCUCUUAAGUCUGGUUGUCAAUUAAGUUGAGUAUAUUGUUAAUUAGUUGUAGUAUUUUAUUUAUAAGAUGUUAAUACUCUAAACUAUUCGCUUAUCAGACAGGACGGACAGAUGAUAAAAAACUAAUGAGGAAAAUUUUUUGAAGGACUACUUUCAACUUUAAAUAUUUUCCAAAGACUUUAGGGAUAUAUCACUG